AAGAGGUAAAAUCUGGCGUAGCGGACUCAUGGGCUCAGACUUGGGCAGGCGUUUCGCAGACCCGGACACCCGGGAAGUGAGGCCAUCGUCUAGGGUUGUAGCUGGCUUUUCGGAAUGAGGUUUCCGCUUGGGACUGGGGUCGCAUAGAUUUCCAGGACUAGAAUCCCCUUCUUGGAACCAGAAAUAAUCUAAGAAGUAUCCCAUUCCCUUUGAGGCUGUGUGCUCAACACCUUGGAACAUAGGUCCCUAACUAGGUCUAGAGAGCCUAUCGCCGGAUUAAAAAUGAGAGGGUUCUGGGUUGGGGUCCUGUCUCUGGGAUGGAGCUCUCGUUUGGGAAUGCAGGCACAGAUCCUCUGUGGAGCUGUGGUCUCCAUCUGAGAAUCAGGUUAUUAUUUUAUGGGCUAGAAUACUCAGAUGAAGCCGGAGGUAUUUCUAAACUGGAGUCCUCUAGUUUAAAGUUAAGAGUGUCCGCCAAGGGCCUGGACCCCAGCUUGUAAUUCUACCCAGCGCAGAAGUUCAAACGGAAUUCUCUGGAGUCUCUCCUUCCACGAGGAGCAAACUGCAAGGAGGUUUUCGGGAAUAGAGUCUCUUCCAAGACAAGGAGCGCAGCUGCAGGUGCCUUGUGUGGUGCGCUCUGCUUGGUCACGUGAGCCGGUUUCAAGAUGGCGGCAGGGGUGGCCGGGUGGGGGGUUGAGACAGAAGAGUUCGAGGAUGCGCCUGAUGUGGAGCCACUAGAACCCACGCUUAGCAACAUCAUCGAGCAGCGUAGCCUUAAAUGGAUCUUCGUUGGGGGCAAGGGUGGCGUUGGCAAGACCACCUGCAGCUGCAGCUUGGCAGUCCAGCUGUCCAAAGGGCGGGAGAGUGUUCUGAUCAUCUCCACAGACCCAGCCCACAACAUCUCCGAUGCGUUUGACCAGAAGUUCUCCAAGGUGCCCACCAAGGUCAAAGGCUAUGACAACCUCUUUGCCAUGGAGAUUGACCCCAGCCUUGGCGUGGCAGAGCUGCCUGACGAGUUCUUUGAGGAGGACAACAUGCUAAGCAUGGGCAAGAAGAUGAUGCAGGAAGCCAUGAGCGCCUUCCCAGGCAUCGACGAGGCCAUGAGCUAUGCGGAGGUUAUGAGGCUGGUGAAGGGCAUGAACUUCUCAGUGGUGGUGUUUGACACGGCGCCCACGGGCCACACGCUGAGGCUGCUGAACUUCCCCACCAUCGUGGAGCGGGGCUUAGGCCGCCUCAUGCAGAUCAAGAACCAGAUCAGCCCCUUCAUCUCACAGAUGUGCAACAUGCUGGGCCUGGGGGAUAUGAACGCAGACCAGCUGGCCUCCAAGCUGGAGGAGACACUGCCCGUCAUUCGCUCCGUCAGCGAACAGUUCAAGGACCCUGAGCAGACAACUUUCAUCUGUGUGUGCAUUGCUGAGUUCCUGUCCCUGUAUGAGACAGAGCGGCUGAUCCAGGAGCUGGCCAAGUGCAAGAUUGACACACACAACAUCAUUGUCAACCAGCUCGUCUUCCCAGACCCCGAGAAGCCCUGCAAGAUGUGUGAGGCACGCCACAAGAUCCAGGCCAAGUACCUGGACCAGAUGGAGGACCUGUACGAAGACUUCCACAUUGUGAAGCUGCCUUUGCUGCCCCAUGAGGUGCGCGGGGCAGACAAGGUCAACACCUUCUCUGCCCUCCUCCUGGAGCCCUACAAGCCACCCAGCGCCCAGUAGCACCGCUGCCAGCCCCAGCUGCUACCAUUUCCACCCACCCUCCACCCCACUGGGGCAGAGUUUGCACAGAGUCCCCCCAUAGUACAGGGGGAGCCAUUCAGAAGGUGGGAGACAGGGAGGGGUCUGUUCCCCCUGGUGGGGCUUGGGAGGCUGUAGCUGCCCCCACCUCUCCCUGCCCCUCCCACCUCAAUAAAAAUUAUCUUAAACCAUACAA